AUGGCUUUCUCGACCAGAUCAGUGGGUUGUCUGUUGGGGCCAGUCAGUAGGUCAGUGGCGCUUUUGGGUGGCAGGUGGCUCCAGCCCCGGGCCUGGCUGGGGCUCCCCGAUGCCUGGGGACUCCCCGCCGUGCAGCAGACCCAGGGCAAGGCACGCGGGAACGAGUAUCAGCCGAGCAACAUCAAGCGCAAGAACAAGCAUGGUUGGAUCCGGCGCUUGAGCAAGCCAAACGGCGUCCAGGUCAUUCUUCACCGCAUGCACAAGGGUCGAAAAUCGUUGAGCCACUGAGCAGCGCGACGCUGCCGGCUGGACCCCCCCAUUAAAGCAUUUUUCCUCGCUGACGACUGGGACUUGGACGGACAUGAAUCCUCAGAUUUCGGGGUUGGCCCAGGGGAAGAAUUGUGGGAUUAGACUG